AUGCCGAUGAUAGCUCCCAGAGGCAGGCCGGACGAGGAGGAGGAGGGGGAGGAGGAAGUGGAGGGAGGUGUAUCUGUGGAAGGAGGAGGAGGAGGAGGAGGAGGAGGAGGAGGAGGAGGAGGAGGAGGAGGAGGAGGAGGAGGAGGAGGAGGAGGAGGAGUGCUGGUGGAUGGAGGAGGAGGAGGGGGGCUAGCAGGAGAGCCAGGGGAAGGGGCAGGGCUGUUGGAGCAGGAGGAGCAGAAGUCGGGGCAGGCGAGGCAGAACUGCGAGGAGCGGCUCCAUGAGGAGCGGGAGACUCCCAAGGUUGGGUGGAACGGUGCCCGAGAGAUUAUUGGAGGCGAAGCUCCUGUAAGGAGGCAGAAGUAG